CGGCACCCCCUCCUUCCACGCCCCCCACCCUUUCCACCAAAAAAGGGGGUGCAGCGCGGAUUCCGUCUGCCGAGCGGCGCGAGCCGGUAGACCCGCGCUGAUUUCCUUUUUCUUUUUGUUGGGUCCCUAACGCGUGGAGAGCCCGCCGCCACCGCGCGCUCGCCGAAGAUUGCACCAACUAGAGCAGGGCUCCGCCGCCCCGUCUGCGAGUCGGAAGCCUGCCUGGGGAUCGCUCCGGGGGACCCGGCGCUGCGGCUCCCACUGCAGCCACCCGGCUCCGCGUCUAGAUCCACGCUGGAAAGAGAGGGAGAGAGAGAAACUAAAAGUGCGGAGAUUCUGCACAUCGCUGGCCGCUUUGGGGUAACAAAAGGACCCGAGCCACUGCCGACCGAGUGCCCGCGGGAGCCGGGCUCGGAGCAGACCAGGUGCCCGGCGGCGCCCAUCUGGGGCUUCUAACUCUCGGCGGAGCCCUCUUCCCGUCCCUUUUAAAACCCGUGGCACGGAGGCGCCUGCCGCCGCGCUCGCCAGCGACUCAUCCCUCCAGCGGGUUUUUUUGUUUGUCGAGUGCGAUCCCCACACUCAUGAACAUACACAGGUCUACCCCCAUCACAAUAGCGAGAUAUGGGAGAUCGCGGAACAAAACCCAGGAUUUCGAAGAGUUGUCGUCUAUAAGGUCCGCGGAGCCCAGCCAGAGUUUCAGCCCGAACCUUGGCUCCCCGAGCCCGCCCGAGACUCCGAACUUGUCGCAUUGCGUUUCUUGCAUCGGGAAAUACUUAUUGUUGGAACCUCUGGAGGGAGACCACGUUUUCCGUGCGGUGCAUCUGCACAGCGGAGAGGAGCUGGUGUGCAAGGUAUUUGAUAUCAGCUGCUACCAGGAGUCCCUGGCCCCGUGCUUCUGCCUCUCCGCUCACAGCAACAUCAACCAAAUCACCGAAAUUAUCCUGGGGGAGACCAAAGCCUAUGUGUUCUUUGAGCGAAGUUAUGGGGACAUGCAUUCGUUUGUCCGCACCUGCAAGAAGCUGAGGGAGGAGGAGGCGGCCAGACUGUUCUACCAGAUUGCCUCGGCCGUGGCCCACUGCCACGACGGCGGGCUGGUGCUGCGCGACCUCAAGCUGCGGAAGUUCAUCUUUAAGGACGAGGAAAGGACUCGGGUCAAGCUGGAAAGCCUGGAAGAUGCCUACAUCCUGCGGGGCGAUGAUGACUCCCUCUCCGACAAGCACGGCUGCCCGGCUUACGUGAGCCCGGAGAUCUUGAACACCAGUGGCAGCUACUCAGGCAAAGCCGCCGACGUGUGGAGCCUAGGGGUGAUGCUGUACACCAUGUUGGUAGGGCGGUACCCUUUCCAUGACAUUGAGCCCAGUUCCCUCUUCAGCAAGAUCCGGCGUGGCCAGUUCAACAUUCCAGAGACUCUGUCGCCCAAGGCCAAGUGCCUCAUCCGAAGCAUCCUGCGGCGGGAGCCCUCUGAGCGGCUGACCUCACAGGAAAUUCUGGACCAUCCUUGGUUUUCUACAGAUUUUAGCGUCUCGAAUCCAGGAUAUGGUGCUAAGGAGGCAUCUGACCAGCUGGUGCCAGAUGUCAACAUGGAAGAGAACUUGGACCCUUUCUUUAACUGAGCUCACGCCCCAAAGAGACGGAGCUGGUACCAGGAGCGACAGAGGGCAGCAGAAAGGAGUUCUUCCAGGGAACACAUGUCACCUGGCUCGGUAGCAAGAAAGACACUGACACUCACAGGUUUCUUGGUUCAGAGAAGGAAAAUCUUACAGGAGCUGGCGGAACAUGUAGCAGGAGGGCAAGUGGUGUGGGGACGGGGCUCAGGCUCUGGGGUCAGGUUGGGGGCAGAGCCCCUGGAGCUCCUCCUCCCUGAUGUGGCCCCAGAGACCACCCCCGUCAGUUAGGCUCCGCCCACCCCACUUUUCAUUUUGUUCAAAAAUAGCUGCAGAUCCUGACAGAAUCAAAACUCUGCCUCAAACACACAUCUUGGCAUCGCACUGUUAGCAUUCAACUUCUUGUCAUGAUUCAGGGAAGGUACAAUUGGCCAAGGGUUUUGUUUUGUUUUGUUUCGUUUUUCCUUUUUAAACAAGCCAACCGCCUAUCUGAUAAUUAAUUUUCACUUAAAAAAAAAAUUCGGUGCACACAGACUGACACGAAACCUGGGUGCUAAACUAAAAGAAAAUAGAAGUCCAGUUUGUGUCUCUUAAUCACUCUCUUCAUCUCACUUCUUCUAAAUAAACUAUUCAGUAUCCCAGUCAGGAAAUGAGAUGUUAAUUCUUUGCUCCCUGAAGGGGGGAAAGAAAAUCUGUCCUUUAAUAAGCUAUUCUGUUUUUUGUGAAUUGGUUUGUGGCAGGAAGCUAUUAGAAGUCAAACUUCCAGAUGCAUUACUGCUGUCAUAAUUUAAAGAACAAAAAAAAAAAGGAAGAGAGGAAAAGAGACAUCGGACUCCUUAAUUGUUUUUUCUUUUGAAUGAGGAGGGUGGCAGACAGGCAUCCUUUUGGCUGAGGUGGAAGCAGAGCGGUGGUAUGAGGUGGUGGGAAACUUUUGGAGUCUGAAGCUUUUGCAACCCUUGGCUCUCAACUAAACAUUUUUGUCUUUGCUUUAUUGGAGACUAGUGUAACAAAGCAGGUUGUCCCACAUGUAUCAAAUACAGGGCAGCUAUUUCGUUUUCUUUAUGAAGAAUGAUCCUUUUGUCUUGGAAGGCCCUCUGGUUUGGACAAAAACCUUCGGUAGAGACAAGCGGGAAAGAAAAUAAGCUGAAAGCUAGGGUGAUAUAAAUAAAAACAGCUCUCUAUCCCAAUACGCACCUUUGUAUCUUCAAGAACUCUUCUAUUUAUUAAGGAAAAUGUCACAUUGUGAUGUAUUAAGCCAGUAUUUCAAUUACGGGUUGACUUGGGAUGACAUGUUACAUGCUGUUGUUAACAUUUAUAUAUAUAUUUUUUUCUUGUUUUGAGUAUUUCUGUCCCUGAAAUAACCUUUUCUUUGGCUUUUCUAGAUAGCUUUAUUUGAUUUUGAGUGGCUCAUUUUUUUUUUUCGGGUUUUUUUUUUUUU